CGAAAUAAGAUUUAAAAGUUUCUAAUAUGAUAAAUCUAAUAAAAUCAAUUUUACACUAAUAUAUAUUACAAUUUUUGCUUAACUAACACUUAAAGAUCAUCUUGUUUGAUUCGAAAAAGUCAAACUUAACAAAUCCACCUGAACAGGUGAGACGCUGGAGGCGGCGUGCUAUGGGCAGUUAAUAAUGUUGUUUCUCUGUAACCCUAGAGCCAUGGUAUCUUCACUGCGAAAGAUGGCAGAAGAAUGCAUCCCUAUUGAUAAAUUGACGCUGGAGUCAAAGAAUUGUGAGAUUACAGCUCGGGUGUCGCGCGAAUGGGAUGUUUACAGCUUUAAGGAUACAAAAGACCUAAUGAGUACAGAUAUGGUGCUCAUUGAUAAGGAGGGCUCAUAUAUCCAUGCGUCCAUUAAGGGGAAUUUUGCGCAUUUGUUCCAAAACCGUAUUGCUGAAGGAAGUGUUUACUAUAUUAAGAUUUUCAGCGUUGUUCCCAAUAAGGCCCAGUAUCGUGUUGUUGGUGACAACAAGCUCAUGAUUCAGUUUUGUCCAAGUACAGUGGUUAGAUCUCUUUCGGAAGACUCCCUGGGAAUACCAACAUCAGCAAUACCCAAGCAUCGGUUUGAUUUACUUGAUUUUGAUAAGGUUGCGUCUAGAAUGUGGGAACUAUACAUUUUAACUGAUGUGGUGGGCGUAGUAUGUUGCGAGGGGGAGGUCACAAAUAAGAAUAGCCGUGGAAACAUCGUUCCUUCUUUGAUGCUUGAAUUACAUGAUCUGAGAGAUGUAAAGGUCCGGCUUACACUAUGGGGUGGGAGUGUUGAUAACUACAUGAAACAAAAAUCAUUGGUUCAGGAUGGAAUUAUUAUUGGUGUUUUCACGUCAACCUUGGUCAAGAAAUACAUGAACAAUGCUGUUUUGUCAUCAACCACAGCUACCAAGAUUUAUUUAGACCUUGACAUUGAUGAGGUUGUUGCCUUAAAAAACAAGAGCAGUUCUUCGCCAAGGGGGCAUAUAAUUCAGCCGCUUAUCAUCGAGAAACAAGAGCUGGAUACACAUGCUGUUUUAAGCAAUCUGAAAACCAUUGGCGAGCUUUUAGAAAUAACAAAGACAGACUUUAAAGAUGGCACACUAAUAUUUUGUGUUGCUACAAUAUAUGACAUCCACAACAAUAAUGGAUGGUACUACAACUCAUGUGGCUGCAAGGGAAUGAUUAAGGCGUACGGUCAAAGUUUUUGGUGCAAGAAGUGUAAUAAGACAGUGAAUGAUGUCAUUCCAAGUUUCUCCAGAAACUCGUGACAAGAGACAGGGGAUUUUUACGGGUUCAUGAUUCAAAUGACAUGCUAAGUUAAUCUCAUCUCUUAUGGUUUUAUAUGUCUCUGCUCUAUUACAAAAGCACCUGCUCGAACACGAUUCAAGAAAGAAUUAAAGGCCACCAAUUUCCUUUUAACUCUCUAAACAAAUUAGCGGAGAAAUCAGCUGAGCUUUCCUUCGCCGUUCAGGUAUGUGCAUGUGAAUGAGUUGGCCAGAUUAAUUACAAGCACAUUAAUGGCUUUUAGGAUAUGCAAAUCAGAUUUUAUUGAAAUAUAAGUGAGUGAGAAAGGUUUUGGCAUACGGAAUUGAUUUUGUGUAAUCAUGAACACUAUAUACAUACAGAGCAAAGCCCUUAGAGCUUGGACCAUGAAUUGGGGUACUGUGUGGGGUUUGAUAUUGUUUGGUACAAUCUGAAGAACAAUCAAGAGCUCAUCACUAC